CCGUCGCCGACCACCAACCACUGAAUAAACCCCCAGACCCCAAUCCUAACAUACCAUCUGAAGAAUCCUCUGAAAACCUCCCAUGACGUAAAAGCACAUUCCAAUCCAGCACUUCCAUCACCAACCGAGCAUAUCCGCGCCUCCAUCGCACCGAGGCAGACGCUAAGCCGAAGGCUCCGACGGAUCGGCGACACAAGCUUGGCGGGAAAUCCGACGAUAACCUUAGUUCUGCUUCUUCUUCCUCUCCGCCUUCAAAUGACUCCUCUCCCCUCUUGACCACCACCAUCAUCCCCUCAACCGAAAGAAACCCCAUAUAGGUACACGCACACAGGAUACAAUCAUGCUCCUUCCACAGACAAGACUGUCCGCCUUGCGCGCCCUCCGCGCCACAACAGCACCCCGCUCCAGCAUCACCACCACCUCCGCGCUCGCCCGCCUCCUCUCCACUCUCGCCGUCCUCGAACAGCGCGAUGGCAAGCUUCAAGCCUCCUCCUUGUCCGCUAUCGCUGCGGCUCAGAAGCUCGGUGGUCCCGUGACGGCCUUUGUGGCGGGUGCUGGCGUGAAGGGCACGUCUGCUGCCGAGGCGGCGCAGAUUAAGGGUCUGGACAAGGUGUUGGCGGUGGAGAAUGAGGCUUAUGAGAAGGGUCUUCCCGAGAACUACGCCCCGUUGCUCGUCGAGAACAUCAAGAAGGGAGAAUUCACGCACGUCGUGGCUGGCCACUCGGCGUUCGGAAAGAGUUUGUUGCCUCGUGUUGCGGCUUUGUUGGAUGUGCAGCAGGUUUCGGAUAUCACGGGCAUUGAGAGUGAAGACACCUUCGUCCGCCCCAUCUACGCCGGCAACGCCAUCCUGACCGUCCAAUCCACCGACCCCAUCAAGAUCCUCACCGUCCGCGGCACCUCCUUCCAAGGCGUCGAGACCACCGGCGGCAGCGCCUCCGUCACCGAAGGCGUCGACCCCAACACCCCCGCCCAAACCGAAUGGGUGUCCGAGGAGCUCGCCAAGUCCGAGCGUCCUGACCUUGGUACCGCUACCCGCGUCGUCUCCGGUGGUCGUGGUCUCAAGUCCAAGGAGGAGUUUGACCGCGUCAUCGUUCCCCUGGCUGAUACAUUGGGCGCUGCCAUCGGUGCUUCCCGUGCUGCUGUGGACAGUGGCUUCGCGGAUAACAGUCUGCAGGUCGGACAGACGGGUAAGAACGUCGCACCGCAGUUGUACCUGUGUGCGGGUAUCUCGGGUGCUAUUCAGCACUUGGCGGGUAUGAAGGAUAGUAAGGUUAUUGCUGCGAUUAACAAGGAUCCCGAUGCGCCGAUCUUCCAGGUUGCGGAUGUUGGACUGGUUGGGGAUCUGUUUGAGAAGGUGCCUGAGUUGACGGAGAAGUUGAAGCAGUGAUUUAUCCAUCUUUAUGUUUUCUUUGUAUGAUGUGGGUGGGGAGGUGAGGCGAUAGAUAUACCAAUGCCAUUAUGUAUUAUGUUGUACGCCUGCUCAACAUCUGUCUGAGGUUUUAUGAUAAUAACCUGAUCUACAAGAUGCUACGAUCAAUAAGCACCAGCUCGUCU